AUUUUUUAUAUGAUAUUUCUAUGGAAAAACUGGAAAUAUGUAAAGUUUUCUUGGAAAGUUAACAGUUUCUUUUUGCCCGUCUUACCAUUUAUUGGGAACACUUAUUUCGGUUUAUUAACUGGCAAAAAAAGUAAGUGCCUACUUACUUAUAGAUGUAAAUGUCCAGUUUAAUUACAUCCAUAAUCUUUUUUCAGUAAAUCCAAUUAGUUUGGCCGAAAUAGGUCAAAAAAUUGUUGGAUUUCCAGUCAGUUUUUGGUUCGGACACCAAUACAAUUACGUCACGAGCGAUUUAAAUGAUGCAAACAUAAUAUUAAACCAUCCCAAAUGUUAUGACAAAGCCGCGAUUUAUGAUAGUUUAAAAUAUUUUUUUGGAGAUGGACUUGUUUUGGCAUCUUGUAAGGCAGACAAUUCAUUCAAUCACUAAUUUAUUCACUCAACAUUUAAGAUGAUAUAUGGAAACCAAACAGACGGCAUUUUCUGAAAAGCUUCAAGCCUAAAAUGCUCAAAACGUAUUUUUCAAGCCAGUACAGGCAAAGUUGUAAUCUAAUUCAAGAACUUGAGCAUCUAAAAUGUCUUGAAAACAUAUAUGAGUAUUUCUCUCAAUAUUCUUUCACCAGUUUCUUUGUAAGCACCCUGGGGAUUAGUGAAAACGAAAUAUUUGGCGACUUACGUCGUUUUGGUCAAAUAGAGAGCAAGUUUCAAGAUUUAUUGAAUGGAUUAAUAUUAAACCCAUUUGUUUCACCUAAAAUUUGGUGCAAAUGGUUUCCAGCAGGAAAAGGAGUAGAUAAAUUUAUCAAUGACGGAAUCCCCUAUGUCGCGGAAAUUAUCAAGAGCAAAAAGAAACAACACAAAGAUAUUCUUUCCUAUGUCGAAAAUAGUGAUGAAGUCUGCCUAAUAGAUUUGUUGUUAACAGUCGGCAAUCAAAUUUCAAAUGAAAGACAAAUAUUUAAUGAAUUAAUUUUAUUUGCCACUGCAGCUUCAGAAAAUACAGGAUUUGUACUGGCCAGUUGCUUUAUUUUAUUAGCAAUUCAUCCAGACAUUCAAGAAAAAGUCUACAAAGAAAUAUUAGAUACAAUUGGGGAUUCAUAUGAAGACAUUUCAAAUCUUAAAUAUACUGAAGCAGUGCUUUGGGAAACUCUCAGGAUAUUUCCACCAACUCCCUUUAUAGGCAGAAAAUGUCAUGUAGAUAUAGAUUUAGGCGACAAAGUGCUUCCAGCAGGUGCUUCAUGCUUAAUAAGUACUUACCAUAUUCAGAGAGACCCAACAAAUUGGGUAGAACCUUUAAAAUUUGACCCUGCAAGAUUUCUUCCAGAGAAUCAGUUUAAAAUAAAACCGUAUUCUUUCCUAGGAUUUUCUGCAGGAUCAAGAGAUUGUAUUGGAAAAGCACACGCGAUGAUGCAAAUGAAAACAACUGUUGCAAAUGUUGUGAGGAACUUCAAAAUAACCACAAACUAUAAAUCAAUCGAAGAACUUCAACUUGAAUCUGUCAUUACGAUGCGGGUUGUAAAUAAAAGUAACUGUUAUUUUGAGCCUAGGAAAUAACACUUCUUGUUUAAACAUAAAAAUGUAUUGUUUUAUUUUUUAUGUCAGUUUGUUAUGUAAUAAACAAAAAGAGAAAAGUGAAAAUGAAAAUUUAAAAAGGUGACAAUCUAGCAAGGUGGGCCACAGUACUACAAGACGAGAAAGGAAACUC